AAAGCUUCUGUUAAAAAAAAAAACCGACAAAAUGGAGCAAUUCAUCUGGAAAGUUCCACAGCCUUCUGCUCCUCUAAGAUGUUCCAGACAAAUCCUUUUCUUUCUCUUCUCUUCUUAUUCAACUUCCUAUAGCACCUCUCAAUCAAAAAUCUCACCUACAACUACAAUAAUACAAACCCACCAGCCAUAUAAAGGUUCUGUUGCUAACCUUCACGAUUUAGCAGGCAGCGGAGAAAAUUAAUAAUUCAGAGAGUGUGCUCCAAGAAGAACAACAAGUAACUAAGUAAAAUUCAAUAUGGGUGUUGAUUAUUACAAGAUAUUGCAGGUUGACAAAAAUGCUAAAGAUGAUGAUUUGAAGAAGGCUUAUAGAAAACUUGCUAUGAAGUGGCACCCUGAUAAGAACCCAAAUAAUAAGAAAGAAGCUGAGGCUAAAUUCAAGCAGAUCUCUGAAGCUUAUGAGGUUCUAAGUGAUCCUCAGAAAAGAGCAAUCUAUGAUCAAUAUGGAGAAGAAGGGUUGAAAGGGCAGAUGCCAUCACCGGAUGCUGGUGGUCCAGGAGGAGCAACCUUCUUCUCAAGAGGAGAUGGUCCAACAACGUUUAGAUUCAAUCCAAGAAAUGCAGAUGACAUUUUUGCUGAAUUCUUUGGGUUUUCAAGUCCAUUUGGGGGAAUGGGAGGUGGAAUGGGAGGUGGUAGUGGCAUGAGAGGUGGUUCGAGGUCGUUUGGUGGAAUGUUUGGUGAUGAUAUUUUCAGUUCAUUUGGUGAGGGGCGUCCAAUGAGCUCAGCUCCUCGUAAAGCCCCUGCAAUUGAGAACACAUUGCCUUGUACUCUUGAAGAGCUUUAUAAAGGCACUACUAAAAAGAUGAAGAUUUCAAGAGAAAUUGCUGAUGCUAGUGGGAAGACCUUACCGGUGGAAGAAAUAUUGACCAUUGAUAUCAAGCCUGGGUGGAAGAAGGGAACAAAAAUCACCUUCCCAGAGAAAGGCAAUGAGCAACCAAAUGUAAUCCCAGCUGAUCUUGUCUUCAUAAUUGAUGAGAAACCUCACAGCACAUUCACAAGGGAAGGUAAUGAUCUGGUCGUCACCAAGAAGAUAUCUCUUGCAGAAGCUCUAACAGGCUAUACUGUCCAUCUGACAACUCUUGAUGGUAGAAGCCUGACCAUUCCAAUCAACAACGUGAUUCAUCCAGAAUAUGAAGAAGUCGUUCCGAAGGAAGGCAUGCCGAUACCAAAGGAUCCUAUGAGGAGGGGAAACUUGAGAAUUAAGUUCAAUAUAAAAUUCCCAACAAGGUUAACGGCUGAACAGAAGUCAGGAAUCAAGAAACUGUUGGCCCCAUAAAUUUGGUUAUGGCCAAUUCAAGCAGUAGAAUAUCCCAUUGUGAAUAUGGUUUUGUUUUUUUGAGAUGGACAUUCUGAGUUGCUCUGUUGUGUUGUAUCGUUAAAACUCUGAUAGUACAUUUAUUAUCGAGUCCAAUAAAAAAAUUAGCAAAUUUGUAGCCUGCUAUGAAUGGAGAAUGAAGUGCAUACUGUUUCAAAUUAAUUAUUGAUCGAAACAAUUAUUGUUCUGAUUGUAA